UGUAAUAUAUUAUAAUGGUAGUACCAUUAAACACUAAGUAGUGAAAUCCUAUUCAAAUUUUUAUUUUGUGAUAUUUUUUAAAAUGUGGUAUUUUAAUUUAUUAAAAAAUGUACGGCUUAAAAAUUCUAUAAAAUAUAUUUACGAAUGUAAUGUUAAAUAUUCUACAAGAUAUUAUAAAAUAAAUGAAAAUACAUUUGGUUUAAAUGACCAGCAGAAAGAGCUUCGCAACUUGAUUUUUGAUUUUGCUCAGAAAGAAUUGGCUCCUAAGGCAACUGAAAUCGACAGAAAAAAUAAUUUUGAUGAACUUAGAACAUUUUGGAAAAAACUUGGUAAUUUGGGUUUAUUAGGAAUAACAGCUGAUACGGAAUAUGGAGGAACCGGUGGUUCGUAUUUUGAACAUGUAAUAGUUAUGGAAGAAAUAAGUAGAGCAUGUGCAGCUAUUGGACUUAGUUAUGGAGCUCAUUCCAAUUUGUGCGUUAAUCAAAUUAAUAGAAACGGUACAAACAAACAGAAACAGAAAUACUUGCCGAAGUUAUGUAGCGGUGAACAUAUUGGAGCUUUGGCUAUGUCAGAGCCAGAAGCGGGAUCAGACGUCGUAUCGAUGAAAUUAAAAGCCGAAAGGAAAGGCGACUAUUUUGUUUUAAACGGUAAUAAAUUUUGGAUCACAAAUGGUCCGGAUGCUGAUGUUCUUGUAGUUUACGCCAAGACAAAUCCAAAUAAUUUGAAACCGCAACAUGGAAUCACAGCUUUUAUCAUAGAAAGAGGAAUGGAAGGGUUCAGUACAGCUCAGAAAUUAGAUAAAUUAGGAAUGAGAGGAUCGAAUACUUCGGAGUUAAUUUUCGAGGAUUGUAAAGUUCCUGUGGAAAAUGUGCUCGGAGAAUUAAACAAAGGAAUAUAUGUACUUUUCAGUGGUUUGGAUUUGGAACGUUUGAUUUUAGCAGGUGGUCCCUUAGGUAUACUUCAAGCUUGCUGCGAUGUUGCAUUUGAAUAUGCACAUACUAGGAAACAAUUUGGAAAGUAUAUAAGCGAAUUUCAAUUGAUACAGGGAAAAAUUGCAGAUAUGUAUACCACUCUAAGCGCUAGUAGAAGUUACUUAUAUUCGAUUGCAAGGUCUUGCGAUGCGGGACACGUGAAUCGCAAGGAUUGCGCUGCAGUGGUACUUUACUGCGCUGAGAAUGCAACCAAGGCUGCUUUAGAUGCGAUUCAAAUACUUGGUGGAAACGGAUAUAUCAAUGAUUAUUCUACUGGAAGAUAUCUAAGAGAUGCUAAAAUUUAUGAAAUUGGUGCAGGAACUAGUGAAAUACGUAGGAUGCUCAUUAGCAGAGUGAUUACCGAGGAAUAUUUGCAAUCGAAGUAAUCUUUGAACCGAAAGUAUCGAAAUAACUUUCAGAAGUUAUUUUUUUAAUACCACAUAUAAUAGCACAUCUCAACUCAUCAUAUUAUUUUUAUUUACUUAUUUUCUUCGUAUGCUAUAUAUAUGUAUCUUUAGAGACCAUUAAUAAACGACCGUCUAAUAUCA